AUGGCCACCUCAUUGAAAAAGCUCUCUUCCGUUGUCCAAAAGGCCUCUGGCAAGCACACCGCCACACUCAUCUUUAUGCACGGUCUCGGGGACUCGGGAUCUGGAUGGGCAACCAUCGGAGAGGAGCUCACAGGUAUCCUUCCCCAUGUCAAAUUCAUUUUCCCAAAUGCUCCCUCUAUGCCAGUAACCAUGAACCAUGGCAUGCACAUGCCUUCCUGGUACGAUAUCAAGAACUUGUCAAAAGUCGACGAUGAUAAGGAACAGGAUGAACAAGGAAUGCUCAAGUCUAACCAGCAACUCAUGCAGAUCGUGCGCGAGGAGGUCGAGGUGGCCGGCAUCCCAGCAAACCGUAUCGUGAUCGGCGGCUUCUCUCAGGGCUGUGUCAUGGGUUUGCUGCUGAGUCUCACAUCCGAGUUCAAGUUUGCAGGUGUUGUCGCCCUCAGUGGAUACCUGCCCUUGCACAGCAAGAUCUUCAACAUGGCGACAGAGGCGAAUAAAAAGACUCCAAUUUUCUGGGGCCAUGGCGAUGCGGAUCAAGUGGUCCGUUACGAGUAUGGUCAACGAUCCGUUGAGCAAUUGCAAAAGCACAAGUACGCUGUCAGAUUCAAUACCUAUCCUGACUUGGGGCAUGGUUUUGGUCUGGAGGAAUUCAGGGAUCUGUCGGCGUUCUUGAGGGAGACCCUUCGCCCAGUGGAUACUGCCAGCGCAUAA